AUGGAGAUCAAAGAAGGCAACGCUCCUAAAACCCUUUCACAUAUUUUUGUAGGUGGAAACAAGGCUCUAGCUGUGUGUGUGGCUAAAAGCAGAUAUCUGUCUCUGUUUUCCUCCCAGCGCUGCACUUUCUCCUCCUGGAUUAAAAACAACAUCAAGAAAAAAGAGUGCUGCUUCUAUGUAGAAUGUGACAGGGAGGGGAUCUGUGAAUGUGGUUAUCCAAAGACCAAACACCACGAUGACGCUAUCAAGCCAGAGGACUACGUAGGACAGCAGCAUGACAAACUUAAGCACAUAAAAGAGUUUCCUACUGAUGCCUUUGGAGACAUUAGUUUUGGGGGACUCGGGUCGAAAACAGGCAAGUAUAUCCGACUGUCCUCCGAUACGCCUGUUGAGAAGCUGUACCAAUUUAUGAUCGAGUACUGGAAGCUCCGGCCCCCUAACUUGUUAAUAUCAGUGACAGGAGGAGCCAAAAAUUUCCACAUGAAGACUGACUUGAAGAACAAGUUCCGUAGAGGACUAAUUAAAGUGGCCCAAACCACAGGUGCGUGGAUCCUGAGUGGCGGAACACAUGCAGGUGUGAUGAAACAUGUUGGGCGAGCAGUACGGGACUAUAAUCUAAGCAGUAAUGCUGCAGGGGGCCAGAUUGUGGCUAUCGGAGUGGCCACAUGGGGGGUCAUCCACAACCGGCAGGAUCUGGUUCACCCAAAUGGUCGAUUCCCUGCUUAUUACUUUCUGGAUGAGCAUGGACAAGGCCGCUUAUCCUGCCUAGAUUCUAAUCACUCACACUUCCUGCUGGUGGAUGAUGGAACAUCUGGCAAGUAUGGUGCAGAGAUUGAUCUUCGUGGGUGUCUGGAGAAACUGAUCUCAGAGCAGCCUCUAGAAAAUCCAGAGAGUGAACUGAAGAUUCCAGUCGUAUGUGUGGUACUAGAUGGUGGACCUGGAACCCUAAAUACAAUCUACAACGCUAUGAUGAACGGCACUCCAUGUGUUGUUCUGGAAGGUUCUGGACGCUUGGCUGAUGUCAUUGCCAACUUGGCUGGCCUACCUGUGUCUAAGAUCACAAUAGCACACAUCCAACGACUGAUGAAGAGGUUUUUUGCAGAAGAUUAUGAAAAUUUUUCUGAAUUGAAUAUCAUUGAGUGGACCAAAAAGAUUCAGGACAUCAUCCAGAUCCCGCAGCUGUUGACAGUGUUCCGCAUUGACGAGGAGAAAAACAAUGAUGUAGACGUAGCCAUUCUCCAAGCUUUUCUAAAAGCCCCUCGGUGCAGUGACAGUUUGAACAGAGAGAGACAGCUGCAGCUGGCUGUGGCCUGGAACCGAGUGGAUAUUGCAGAGAGCGAGAUCUUCACUGAAGAAAGUAAAUGGAAGUCUUGUGAUCUGCACCAGGCCAUGUUCUCUGCCUUGGUGGGCCAUAAAGCUGAGUUUGUGCGCCUGCUGCUGGAGAAUGGGCUAUGCCUCCCUCAAUUCCUCAAACAUGAAGAGACACUGUGUGACCUGUAUAAGCAUCUUCCCAGCUGUCUGUUUUUGCGCAAAGUGGCCAAACGAGCACAGGGAAGCAAGAGGAUUUCCCUGAGCCAUGUGGCUGCUGAAGUACGGCGCCUGCUGGGCAGUUUCACUCAACCGCUUUACAAUCCAGCUCAACUCCUUCAUAAAGUAGAGAUAUCUAGUGAGGAUAAGGAACAUACAAUCAAAUCUGAAAGAGAUGUUAGAGAGCCGUACUGCUGCUCGGAGAAGACAAUCCCAGAUACAGGCAGAGAUCUCUUCCUUUGGAGUGUACUGCAGAAUCAGAAAGACCUGGCACAGAUCACUUGGGAGCAGUGCAAUGAUUGUAUUACUGCUGCUCUGGCUGCCAGUAAAAUACUGAAGAAGCUUGCUCAGGAAGGAGGAGAUAAUGGGGAUGAUGCUGGAUCGAUGAAGGAGCUUGCAGAUCACUACGAGAAACAAGCAAUCGGUGUGUUCAGUGAAUGCCAUCGCUAUGAUGAGCAGCGAGCACAGAAACUGCUGACGCGUGUCUCUCCAUCAUGGGGUAGAACAACCAGUCUUUGUCUUGCUCUCGAUGCCCAUGACAGAAGCUUCGUAGCUCACUCUGGGGUCCAGGCUUUGCUAACUCAGAUCUGGUGUGGUGAGUUAUCUGUGGAAAACCCACAAUGGAAGCUGAUCCUCAGCAUGUUUUUCUUUCCUCUUAUCUACACCGGAUUUCUGGUCUUUAGGCGUGAUGAGAUCAUCCGCAGGGAAGCAGAGAGAAAUGAAGAGGAGAAGCUGGUUAUGGAUUCAGAGGAUUGGAAUAAACCUGACUUUCGUAACCACCAGUCUGACACGAGCUCUGUGGAUCCACUAAACUGCUGGACAAGAUUAGCGGGUCUGUACUCCUGUCCUCAGGUGAAAUUCUACUGGAACAUCUUGGCUUACUUUGGAUUCCUGUUUCUGUUUGCUCUGGUGUUGAUAACAGACUUCCAGCCUACGCCAUCUUGGAAGGAAUUGCUCUUGUAUGUCUGGCUCACCUCACUCAUGUUUGAAGAGAUCAGACAGCUCUUUUAUGAUUUUGAUGGGUUUACACUUUGGAAGAAAGCGAAAAUGUAUAUUAAAGACUCAUGGAACAUUUUGGACAUGUUGUCAAUAUUGCUUUUCAUCACCGGCCUGGCUUGCAGGCUCCAGGCUUCGAGUACAGUGUUCUAUGUGGGGAAAAUCAUCCUCUGCAUUGACUUCAUCAUAUUCAGUUUGCGCCUGAUGGCUAUCUUCACCAUCAGCAAGACCUUAGGGCCUAAGAUUAUCAUUGUCAGGAGAAUGAUGAUGGAUUUGUUCUUCUUCAUGUUCCUGCUCAGUAUCUGGGUGGUUUCAUACGGAGUGGCAACACAGAGCAUCCUGAUUGAGAAUGAGGAUCGAUUUAACUGGAUUAUGCGUGGUGCUGUCUAUGAGCCCUACCUCAUCAUAUUUGGGACUUUGCCUGACAAUGUGGACAAUACCAAAUUUGACUUGAAUAGUUGCAGUGUUAAUGGCUCUGAUCCUCUAAAGCCCAAGUGUCCCAUGCUGAAUAGUGACAACAGUCCAGUCUUUCCUGAUUGGCUGACCAUCAUCAUGCUGUGUGUUUAUCUUCUCUUUGCCAACAUCCUUCUACUUAACCUCCUCAUUGCUAUCUUCAACUACACAUUUGAGGAGGUACAAGGCAAUACAGAUAUAAUCUGGAAGUUUCAACGUUAUGAGCUGAUAAAGGAGUACCAUAGUCGCCCCUCUCUACCUCCUCCCUUCGUCAUCCUGAGCCACAUUUACCUCUUCAUCCGACGUGUGCUCCUGCGCCGUGCCCCUCAGAAACAUAAGAUCUUCAGACAAGAGCUAAGUAAGAGAGAAGAAGAAGAGCUGAUGUCAUGGGAGUCAUUCAUGAAGGAAAACUAUCUGGCAUCUGUAAAACAGGACAGUAGCCAGAGUAUGGAGCAACGUAUGGAAGACACAGCAGAAAAAGUUGGAACCAUGUCUGAAAUAAUAGAGCAAGGACAAGAAUGGGGUUUUGUGUCUGUGGCAAAAAGGCUGGGCCGAUUAGAGGAACAGGUUUGUCAGUCAGCUAAGGCAUUACAUUGGAUCAUGGACACACUUAAAUGUCAGGGUUACAAAUCCACACAGGACAUUCCUAUAAUGGCCACUGUCAUUAUGAAAACUGACACCGACCCUUCAGAAUCAACCGAGCCUGAAGAAGAAUGGGAGAAAACUCAUCACAUCUAUGCUCGGCAGCUUUGUUACCCCGGCAGCACUGUUAAACGCUUCCCUGUUCCUGAGGAGAAAGUACCUUGGGAGGUGGAAUUCUCUAUUUAUGCUCCAGAAAUUUACAAUCAAGAGAAUAUGCAAGAAUCGGACAUUUUUACUUUAGAAAUAUACAGGAACCCUGAAGGACGGACAGGAUUAAAGGGAAAGGGGGCUCUUAAAAGUCUUGGGCCAAAUUAUAUUAUAGAGUCAGUUAUCACAAGAAAAAAGGGCUCACAACUGGAGUUUCUUACUGUGUGGGAUGAGACAGCAAAGCACUGGACAUUACCAGGGAGUCCUGUGCAGCCUGGAAAGUUCUUACCUGAGAGAUUAGAAACAACACUUGGAAAGAAUCUAUGGCAGAAAAUUGAAGCCAAAAUAAAAUCAGGAAGCCAUACUGAAGUCUAUAAAGGUUACGUAGACGACAGCCAGAACACUGAUAAUGCCUGGGUGGAAAGUACUGUAAUAACAGUUCACCUUGAAGAUAAUUGGCGUAUGAUGACUAGCGAAGGCGAUGGCGGUGCUGGGGGUGGUGAGUCUCUCAGCAGCACUAAGAAGCUUCAAUGGCAGGAGGUGAGCAGCAAGGCACCUGUGUAUCCACACCAACAAGAAGCUCUCUGUACUAUCGCCCAAUCAUACAACAUUAAGUUUUAAUGUUGAGAAACCUCUGACUCUCAGGAAAAUGGACAAGCACGAAUGUUUUAUGCUCCAAAAUGUGUAUCUUUUGUUGGGAUUUGGUAGAACCAAAUCAGAACCUAUACACUUGCAUAUGAGUUAUGCAGCUGUUUGCACAUCUGCUCA